GCUUUUUAAAAACAGACAAAUCUUUAAGGCGAAGGCCCGAGCCCGCUCCGGGCAGGGUAGCGAACGCCUGCGUUCUGGAUGCGGUCCCUGCGGCGCGGAGCCCCCGCGCAGGCUGGCAGGCGGCAGCGGCGGCUCUCGGCCGCGUCCCCUCGCCGGCGGGCCCUCCUCCGCGCACCUCUGGCCCGCCUCCCCCGGGCGCAGGGGGGAGCCCCGCGUCUCCGGAGCCGGCUGUGCGCUCGGCGCGCGUAGAGCCCCGCGAGCCCCAGCCGGGCCCGGGGCCGGGCGGGCCGAGGCGGCGGCCGGGAGCAGCCGCACCCGCCAAACUUUGGGUGCCGGAGCGCGCGCGCGUCCGAGCACCGAGGCGCGGCGGUCGGCCCGGGAUGGGGGCUGCGGGCCAGGGCGCCCCGGGCCGCCCCGCGCGCCCGGACACCCGCCCGGGGGGUUCCGCGCCGCCUCUGCCCGCGCCCCGGGCGCCGCAGCCCCGCCACCCCGGCGCCGCCCGCUAGCCAACCCCGGAGCCGCCAGAGCCCUGCGCUGGAAGCGCCCCUGCCUGGGCCUCCCGGGCCACUCUUCGCUCGGGUAAACAGGAAAGGAAUUACCCCUCGUGGAUUAAAAAAAUAUCCUGCUGGGGGCGAAGGAGGGAGGUGGGGUUUGCCUGCGCGCGUGGUGGACUCCGGAGAGCAACUCAGGAGCCCGCGCGCGGUCGUCGCCUCUCGGCCCGGCCAUGGACUGGCGGGAGGAGGGCGCAGGGCGCCCGGGAUGCUCUCGCCUCUAGCCGGGCGCUCCCUGGCCGUCGGCCCCGCUCCCAGCCUCUAGGGACUGAGACGGUCUCUUCUUCGCCUGGACGGUGCUGGGCAGCGGAGGAUCUGCGCUCCGGGUCUCAGGAUGUGCCCGUCUGAGAUGGGGACGCUGUGGCACCACUGGUCGCCUGUGCUCAUCAGCCUGGCCGCACUGUUCUCCAAAGUGACGGAAGGUCGCGGGAUCCUUGAGAGCAUCCAGAGGUUUUCCUUGCUGCCCACCUACCUCCCCGUGACCUACCACAUCAACAACGCCGACGUCUCCUUCUUCCUGAAGGAGGCCAACCAGGACAUCAUGAGGAACUCCAGCCUGCAGUCCCGGGUGGAGUCAUUUCUCAUCUACAAAUCCAAGAGGCUGCCUGUUCUAAAUGCCAGCUACGGGCCUUUCUCCAUCGAGCAGGUGGUACCCCAGGAUUUAAUGCUACCUUCCAACCCAUUUGGAUUCACCAACAAGUUUUCUCUUAACUGGAAACUGAAAGCCCACAUCCUGCAGGAUCAAGUCUACCUGAGCCGGCCCAAAGUGCAGGUUCUGUUCCACGUUGUGGGCAGGGACUGGGACGACCGCAGUGCCGGGGAGAAGCUGCCGUGCCUGAGGGUCUUUGCUUUCCGAGAGACCAGAGAGGUGCGGGGCAGCUGCCGGCUGCAGGGGGACCUGGGGCUGUGUGUGGCCGAGCUGGAGCUCCUGUCCAGCUGGUUCAGUGCCCCGACGGCGGUGGCCGGGAGGAGGAGGCCCGUGGACCAGCCGGAGGGGACCCCUGUGGAGCUCUACUACACCGUGCACCCAGGGGGUGAGAGAGGGGACUGUGUCAGGGAAGAGGCGAGGAAAAGCAAUGGGAUUCGGACAGGCCACAGUGACCUCGACGACUCCGGCCCCCCACUGCAGAGGAUUGGGAGCAUCUUCCUUUACCAGACUCACAGGAAACCUUCCCUGAGAGAGCUGCGCCUGGACAGCAGUGUGGCCAUCCACUACAUACCAAAGACGGUCAGGCAGGGAGACGUGCUGACGUUCCCUGUUUCCAUCUCCAGAAAUGCCACUGAAGAUCGCUUCACCUUGAGGGCGAAGGUGAAGAAAGGCGUGAACAUCAUUGGCGUGCGAGCCAGCAGCCCUUCCAUUUGGGAUGUCAAGGAGCGCACGGAUUAUACUGGGAAGUAUGCACCAGCUGUCAUCCUUUGUCAGAAGAAAUCGGCUGGCUUGGAAAACAGUGGGGAUGGCGCCUCCUAUGAGGUCAUGCAGAUCGACGUGGAGGUGGAAGAGCCCAGUGACCUGCCAGCCACACAGCUGGUCACCUGGCAGGUCGAGUACCCCGGAGAGAUCACGUCUGACUUGGGAGUGUCCAAGAUCUAUGUGAGCCCAAAGGACCUGAUUGGAGUGGUGCCGCUGGCCAUGGAGGCAGAGAUCCUGAACACAGCUAUCCUCACGGGGAAGACAGUGGCCGUCCCAGUGAAGGUGGUCUCUGUGGAGGAGGACGGCACAGUGACAGAGCUGCUGGAAUCUGUGGAGUGUAGAUCAUCUGAUGAAGACGUGAUUAAGGUCUCUGACAGAUGUGACUAUGUCUUUGUCAAUGGGAAGGAAAUGAAAGGCAAGGUGAAUGUGGUGGUGAACUUCACCUACCAGCACCUGAGCAGCCCCCUGGAGAUGACAGUGUGGGUGCCCCGGCUUCCGCUGCAGAUCGAGGUCUCCGACACCGAGCUCAAUCAGAUCAAGGGCUGGAGAGUACCCAUCGUCUCCAGCAGGAGGCCCACUGGGGACAGUGAGGAAGAGGAGGACGAUGAGAGGAGGGGCCGCGGCUGCACCCUGCAGUACCAGCACGCCAUGGUGCGGGUCCUCACGCAGUUCGUGGCUGAGGCGGCCAGCCCUGGGGGACACCUGGCCCACCUGCUGGGCUCCGACUGGCAAGUGGACAUCACAGAGCUGAUAAAUGACUUCGUGCAGGUGGAGGAGCCCAGGAUAGCCAGGCUGCAGGGUGGACAGAUCCUGAUGGGGCAGGAGCUUGGGAUGACCACCAUUCAGAUCCUGUCUCCUCUGUCAGACACCAUCCUGGCUGAAAAGACCAUCACUGUGCUGGACGAGAAGGUGACCAUCACGGACCUCGGGGUGCAGCUGGUGACGGGGCUGUCGCUGUCCUUGCAGCUCAGCCCAGGAAGCAACAGGGCCAUCUUUGCCACUGCGGUGGCUCAGGAACUUCUGCAGAGGCCCAAACAGGAAGCAGCCAUCAGUUGCUGGGUCCAGUUCAGUGAUGGCUCAGUCACACCCCUGGAUAUUUACGAUGGGAAAGACUUCUCCUUAAUGGCCACAUCCUUGGAUGAGAAGGUGGUCUCCAUCCACCAAGACCCCAAAUUCAAGUGGCCUGUAAUUGCUGCGGAAACGGAAGGACAAGGCGCCCUGGUGAAGGUGGAAAUGGUUAUCAGUGAAUCCUGCCAGAAAUCCAAGAGGAAGAGUGUGUUAGCUGUGGGAACAGCAAACAUCAAAGUUAAAUUUGGCCAAAACGAUGCUAACCCCAACACCAGCGACAGUAGACGCACAGGGCCAGGGGUUCACCUGGAAAACAAUGUCAGUGACAGACGGCCCAAAAAACCCCUGCAGGAAUGGGGGAGCCAAGAAGGACAGUCCUAUGGCAGUUCUUCCAUGGGGAUCAUGGAGGGACGGGGCACCACAACAGACAGGUCCCUCCUGCAGAAGAAGAAAGGCCGGGAAAGCCUUUUGGAUGGCGAGAGCCACUGGCAGACUGUCCCCAGCGACCUCACCAGCUUCCCAGCACAGGUGGACCUCCCCAGAAGCAACGGGGAGAUGGAUGGGAAUGACCUCAUGCAGGCGUCCAAAGGGCUGAGCGACCUAGAAAUUGGGAUGUAUGCUUUGUUGGGUGUCUUCUGUUUGGCCAUUUUGGUGUUCUUGAUAAAUUGCGUGACCUUUGCACUAAAAUACAGACACAAACAGGUUCCCUUCGAGGAGCAGGAAGGGAUGAGUCACUCCCAUGACUGGGUUGGGUUGAGCAACCAGACAGAGCUGCUGGAGAAUCGCAUCAACUUUGCCUCCUCGCAAGACGAGCAGAUCACUGCCGUUGACAGGGGCUUGGAUUUCGAGGAGAGUAAAUAUCUCCUCAGCACAAACUCCCAGAAGAGCAUCAACGGGCAGCUGUUCAAACCUUUGGGACCCAUCAUCAUCGAUGGGAAAGAUCAGAAAAGUGAGCCCCCGACCUCCCCUACCUCAAAAAGGAAAAGGGUGAAAUUCACCACCUUCACCGCCGUGUCAUCGGACGAUGAGUGCCCCACCAGGAACUCCGUAGUGAUGAGUAGCGAGGAUGACAUUAAGUGGGUCUGCCAGGACCUGGACCCCGGGGACUGCACUGAGCUGCACAACUACAUGGAAAGGUUCCAUGAAAAUGUGUAAGCCAGACACACACAGAUGUUGGUCCUCACUCACCUUUCAGCCUUUAAUUCCAGGAUGUGUAGCAAUGGUGCCCCCGGAGAGAAAUCAAACAGCAGGACAGGAGGAGGAUGGCACCGUCAGCAGAGCCUCAGCCAGCGACCUCGGCUCUGCAGGAGGCGUCGAGUCCGCAUCGACGCCCACAUUCCAGCCUACCUACGGCAUCUUGCUGAAGAGGUUAUCAUGCAUGGCAAGAUUUCUAAAACUGGAGUCAAACACAAGUUCUGAAUCCCUGAGCAUCUGAGAGUUUCCAGGAAAGAACAUCCUCUCUCUCUCUCUCUCUCUGUAAUCAAAACAAUUUGGAUGUUGUAAAAUCCACAUGGCUCCAGUGUUCAAUACUGCAGACUAUGGAAGAAAAACGCAACUCAGGUGGGGCAUCCGUGGGUCAGUGGGAGGGGGCGUGUCGUGGAAACCGGAGCGCACGUCUCGCUGUGCGCGCCAUCACAGGCAGUCCAGUGCCGCUGUCGGCCGUGGCAGGCAUGAUUGUGGGUCGCUGUCUCUCAAAGACUGGGCCAGAGCUGGCUCAGAUCAUGGACAGGCCAAGGCAGUGGCUGACAAGGACUGAAAGGGAGCAUGUGGGCCACUAGGCCACAAAUGCCUUUGUAACUACAUGCCAAGGAGAAACGCACGGACGCAAAUCCUCUGAGCCCUUCAGAGCACUUCUUUAUUUGUAAACUAAAGAUACUGGGCAUAGAAUCUGAAUCGGGCUCAGAGAAGCAGGCUCUUUCUAUUCAUAGCAAGUUCCCACGGUUCCAUUUGUACUCUUCCACUACAUCGCCACCCUCCCCAAAGCCGUUGGUCACGUGUGGGUGGGGGCGGGAGAGGGCAGUUUCUAGUAUUUGCUGAGUCUUUUUCAUCCCCCUGGGUUUUGUGGCAACUCCCAAGUGACAUUCUUUAGAGAAGACCCCCUCCAACCUGGGCAUAUGCCCCAUGCCGUCCAUCUGUGAAGAGGCUGGUCUCUGGGCAUGGGCAGUACGUAUGCACAGUGAAUUCCACACCAGGGGAUAUACGUUCCGUUGCUUUUCUAGAAAAAAAAGAGCCACUUGGGAUGGGUCUUUCACUGUUCCCAUCCAAGAAUGUGCCCUCGAGGCUGUUGAGACAAACCUGGGUGUCGGUGUGGAAUGCGCAGGGCAUGUGGAGUUGGGGGGUUCUGGGUGCGAAAGCAGUGGGUCCAGCACACACCCAGACAGCACAGAAGGCUUCUUCGCCUUGGAGGUGGGAAGGGGUGGGGGCCUCGGUGCGUGUGGUGGAGAUGCAGGUUUGCAAGUGAUUGGUCCAGCAGUCAGCCCCGAAAGGUUUAGCGUUGCUUAAGAUCAGCAUGACUCUGGAGAUCUCUGAAUCCCCUCACUUGCUGAGCCUGUGAAGGGAGACUCAGAGGAUUCCUGCCCCAUCUCACACUCACUCCAAGGUAGCGAACGGUGUGCUGGAUGAUUGCCAGCCAGCUAUGAUCCUUUGAAAUAUGGUCGGGGACAGGGAGUGGCAGGCAGAAGAGGCCGUGCUGUUUAAUCCAUCUUCCAUUUUUCCUUCUGUGUCAUUUUAUUUCUCUCUCUCUCUGCUCUUUAGAUGUUUUCCAGUCUCUCUGUGUGUGUCUCUGUAUCUCUCUCCCCCUCCGAACCUCUCUCCUUGCUUCCUUUCUGUUUCUGUAAUUCCAAGGGUGUCUUCAUUCCUUCUCCUCUCCACAGAAUGGAAUUCUCUUUAGAUCAUGUGUCAAUUUCACCUGUUUAUGCUUCCAGCCCUAGCCCUGUCCCCUGCAACUGUGGUGCUAUCCGUUUGCUCUUGAGACUGGGGUUUCUGCAGCCGGUACGUCACCUGCUCCUGUCCGCAAGUUUGCUUACCUUGUUUGGCUGGGUGAUUCAGCUGUCACCCCUUUGUGAUGGGACUCCCCUGCUUCCAGUAGCGUCCUCAUAUUUCUUUCCAUUCUUACCUGUGUCGCGUUCCGUUGAAUACUGCAGCCACUGCCCACUCCCAAAUCCACCUACGUGUAGAAUGUACUGUAGAUUGUAAGAAUGUAAUAUAUAUUUAUAAACUUACUGACUGUAAAUAUAAAGUUUGCAUUCAGUGGCU